AUGUUUUUUUAUCAGACAUAUGCCAAGAAGGCAGGGUUCUCUGCUCGAAAAGGAGGUGAACAUCAUAGUGGUGGUAUUAUCAAGACUAAAUACUUUGUGUGUUCAAAAGAGGGGCAUAAACCACUGGCUUUUGAUGAUCCUUAUUCGAAGUUGUCUAAGUCGUAUAAAAGUAGGAACAGACCGACUAUUCGAACCGGGUGUAAAGCACAAAUUAAGCUUUGUUCGACGGAUGGGGUGUUGUAUAAGGUUGAUAAGUUUGUUCAAGCGCAUAAUCAUUCAUUUGUGUGCCCCAAAGAUAUGCAUUUAUUACCGGCUUAUAGGCAUCUUUCCGAAACACAAGAAGAGAUGAUAUGGGACCUUGGUACAUUAAAUCUUGGGCCAGUGAAAGCCUUCAAUAUAAUGAGACAAAGAUACGGAGGUUUUGAAAAUGUUGGCGCAACUAAAGACGACUUCAAGAAUUUUAGAGCUAGGAUACAUAGCUAUAUAGGAGAGUAUGAUGCAGAUAUGGUUAUCAAUAGGUUGACCGAUAAAAAGCAGUUUAUGGUUGAUUAUUCAUUUGUACAUUCAGUCGACGAAAACAAGCAAUUAAUUGGCCUGUUCUGGGCUGAUGGUUUGUGCAAACGUAACUAUGCUGAGUUUGGAGAUGUCAUAUCGUUUGAUGCUACGUUCAAAACCAACAAGUAUAAGAUGGUUUUUGUACCCUUUACUGGUAUUGAUAACCACUGUCGGAAUGUGACGCUUGGAGCCGGGUUGCUAGCAUCCGAAAGCAUUGAAUCAUACAAAUGGCUAUUACAAUCAUUUUUGGACUCAUUUGGUAAGCAGCCGAAGGUGGUCGUCACUGAUCAGGACCCGGCGAUGAAACAAGCUAUCGAGGUUGUGUUCGACAAGAGUAGGCACAAAUUAUACUUCAAGAGACAUAUGUGUGACAUUGUGUGGACUGAUUCGAUUGCGCCAGAAACGUUUGAGAGAGAAUGGAAACUGAUAAUGAUUGAAUUCGUUCUAACCGAGAAUAAAUGGGUUGACGAUAUGUUUGGCAUGAGAUCUUUGUGGAUUCCAGCUUUCUAUCAUCAUGAGCCUAUGUCUAGGCUCAUGCGGACCACCUCCAGAUCAGAGAGCGAAAACCAUUUUUUCUGUCAGGUGGCGAAUUCUCAACUUACCCUUGUUGAGGUUUUUAACCAUUUUGAUGGUGCAAUGGAUGUGCAAAGAUUCAACCAUUGGAAAAAUGACCAUAUUUCUAGAAACACAACCCCAGAUAACUGGUCUGAAACUACCUUAGAGGAAGAUGCUAUGAAAAUUUACACCAGGUCCAUCUUUGCUGAUCAACAGGCAGAGUUAUAUGGCACACUGUCUGAGAGCCUUCCUAUGGAGACUAAAAUCGAGGAACCAUUUUUGAAGAUAAGCAUGAAAGAUUUCAAAGCCCACGGUGACGGUUAG